ACCAUGUUUAGGGUUUAGACCCACGAAAAUUCUAGAUCCGAAUAUCGUUGGAUCCCGUGCUGUGUAUGUGAAGGGCACUGCGCGGCGUUGCUCGUGGUGCUCGUCUUUCCGUUGUAUCGAUCGAGGUCAUGAAAAAGUGUUCACGGGGAGAUUGUGAAUUGGCUUCAAUCGCCACAGAAUUUUCGACGAGAAUGACGGCGAAACUCGACAAUAAGCUCUGUUAAAUGCGAGUAGUUUUUGUUCGAAGUUCAGGUGGCUUUCAGAAUUUGCUAUUUUCAAAAUGGUGGAGGAAGCUGCUGCUCGCGUUGCAGCUCUAGAGCAGCGACAGCUUUUUAUUCUUCAAUCCAUAGCCAAUCUGGAGCUUCGGUUGUCGGGUAUCAAGAAGUUAGAGUCGAGCGGAGGCCAUACGGGCUCCUCUGCCGGCGAUUGCACGUCCGAGGAUCCUAUUGAACGCCGUGAGCCUGCGAAGACUCCCAUUUGCGACAUUGUCGAGCAACGGCUUUCAAAAUUGUUACAGGCUGCAGGGGCUUCUGAAUUUGUUUUCAAGACAGUUCCUUCAGACUAUUAUGACAGGUCAUAUGAACAACGACGCGAUCUUCUAAGUGCUGCGUCUGUGGACCACCUUUGCAAAAGCAUUGUUAUGGUAAAUACACAAGCGCACGAAAGUGUGAAGGAUUGUAGUGAUCGGAAGAACUCGAAGUAUUAUGUUAUUGUUAUACAGUAUACAGCGCGUCUUAACGCCGAAAAGGUUAAAGCGUUCGUUCAUUCCCUGAAUGAGGGGAAAAUUCCCAAGAAAAGAUUUAACUUGCGUCUUGCUCCAGAGGAAGAGUCCAACCAACUGACUGGCUUUGAACACAAUGCUGUUACACCUAUUGGAAUGCGCACGGACAUACCUGUAAUUCUUUCAGACGCUAUUGUACAGCUCAGCCCACGAUUUUUUUGGCUUGGCGGAGGGGAAGUGGAUUUGAAACUGGGUACUAAAACCGACGAGUUUAUUAAAAUUGUGAAACCAUUUAUCACAGAUUGCACUUAUUAGUCAAGUAUAGUAUACAUCCAUUCAUGUGCACUCAGAUUCUUGGAUUGAACAAUCUUUUUUGAAUUGUGGUCAUAACAUGGUAGUCUGCAAGUCAAGUGCCUAAGAUUUCUUCCUGAAGCAUGUUAGUUCUUAUGAAAUUUUGAUCAAUUUUCUUUAGAUAAUGUAUGGUCAGUCCUGUCAAUUCAUUUUUGCAAGUUCCCCUGUGAAAUUUGAAAGGUUUUAGUAUUUUUA